CCUGUCCGAGAGAGAGAGAGAGAGAGAGAGAGAGAGAGUAAAAGAACACCCAUUGCUCGAAUUUAAGAAAUCUCAUCUAUAAUGAUAACUCCUCGUCAAAAGAGUGUCUCAGUGAGUACAAUCUUCAGGUGUCUUUUGGUUUUGAUCAAACGUUCUAUUGAUGAGUUCUUUUUUCUUGCUCUUUUCUAAUGAUAAAAUCUCUUUUCUGGUUAAUUUCACUUAAGUAAAAAAUUAAAGAGUCUUUCUUUCUUUCAUAGGUCUCUAGCUAGAGUUUCUAUUAGGUUUUAUAUUAAUAAAUAAAUAAAGUCAAAAGACUCAAGAAGAAGAACUAGAUAUGGUGAGAACACCAUGUUGCAAAGAAGAAGGAAUAAAGAAAGGAGCUUGGACUCCUGAAGAAGAUCAAAAGCUUAUUGCUUAUGUUCAACUACAUGGUGAAGGUGGAUGGCGUACUCUCCCAGAGAAAGCUGGAUUGAAGAGAUGCGGGAAGAGUUGUAGACUGAGAUGGGCUAAUUAUCUAAGACCCGACAUCAAGAGAGGAGAGUUUACUCCUGAAGAAGACGACACUAUUAUCAAGCUUCAUGCUCUUAUGGGUAACAAGUGGGCCGCAAUUGCAAGUAGUUUGGCGGGACGAACGGACAACGAUAUUAAAAAUUAUUGGAACACAAACCUCAAGAAGCGUUUAAAACGAAAAGGUAUUGAUCCAAUCACUCAUAAACCGAUCAAUCCAACCGGUUUUCAACCAAUAAACCAUAAACUCGGUUCAUCCGGUUCUGCAAGGCUUCUUAACCGGGUCGCAAGGAAAUACGCGGGAGACUUAAACCGGGAACUACUUACCGGAAUCAUCAUCAGAAACUCCACAAUUAUCGCUGAUGGUUCACGAAACUCCUGUGAGGUUCACUCCCCGACCACCACAUUGCUCAACAAAACGGCAGCAAUAUCAAAUGCUGUCACAUUGAAUAUGUUCAAUAAUACCUCGACAUCUUCCAGCUGUUCUUUCUCCAGUGACCUUGACGUAUUGUUUAGCAACGAAGAGAUGGAUAAUGUUGCCCUUAUGGGAGAGUUAAAGAGUAUUCUUAGUUACGGCAGUGCUGACGCGGGAGAUAAUUCGCCGGAGUUUAACGUAACUGACGAGAUGGACUUUCUUGAUUCUUGGAAUGAAGAAGACGAUUUGGAGAAGUUUGUGAGUUCAUUAGAUUCCAAGACUGGUUUAUUUAUGAGUUUAUCUGAAGAAUGACGAGCCAAAAACGCAACCAAUGACAUGUUGGUUUAGGUGUUGUAAUAAAACUAAAAAUAAAACCAAUUAUACGUUGGUCAGGCGUUGUAAUAAAACUACAAAUAAAUGUGUUUCUCGUGAUUA